UUUAAAAAAACAUUUAAAGCUCUACACAUCAUGGAUCACAGAAUGAGAUGUGCAGACAUUAUCUGCUGUAUUAUUUUUGUGGCUGCCAUUGUCACCUAUAUUCUUAUUCGCUCCCUGGCGUGGCUGCUUGGAGACUCUCGUCAUGUCGUGUUGCCCCAGAACUCCACUGGGAUGUUUUGUGGAGCUGGAGUCAAUGUUGACAAACCAAACGUCCUCUACUUUGACCUUCUGAAGUGUGCCAGAGCAACGACAGAAAUGGACGCCAUUCUAGAGGGUCUCCAGUGUCCAACCACUCAAGUCUGUGUUAAAAAAUGCCCUUCAGAGUUCUGGAAGUUGCCCCCAGAGGCGUAUGCCCCAAAUGCCCUGCCUAAAGACUUCUUUCAGCAGCAGUAUUGUGACCCUAGACUUGACCUCGCCCAAACCACAUUGAGUGUCCAAGACAUCCUCAAUCAAGAGCUUUGUCCAUAUUUCUACACGCCAAGUAAACCAGAACUAGGGAGAUGUCUGCCUAGCUUUGACUGGCAGGACGUUCCUCCAGACUUCUCUCUCCCUGGAUUCGCUUCCGUUAAUGAAACAGUCGAGCACAUAAAGGGAUAUAUGGAUGGAGGGUCUGGAGCGUAAUGACGGCACCGUGCAGAGACCAUACCACAUGCCCAGGUCUCUGUGGCAAAUCCUCCACAAGAGAGACAGCUUUCUCCCUUAAUGAAUAAACCAUCCAGCAUAUAUUUGAGUCUUUUUUCUGUUGUUGUAACUGUAAAACUGUUCUCAACAGCAUUUCGACCACUGUUUUGUUCAAAAGAGAUCUGACGGGGCGGCCUCUGGACUGAUCCAGUUUUGACCGAACGGCAGACACACACUGGAUGUUCUGGCAAACAUUUACAUAUCUGGCUGGACCUUAACCAUGUUGCUCUGUUUAUUUGAUACGCCUA